CCUCCGUGGAUACUAGCGCCGCGACGCUCAGUAACAAGCUCGUCCACGAAGUAUGUUUAUUAUCGACAAUGCGAAACAGACUGUAGUGGCGGAAUGAAAAUGGCUAAUUGUCAGGUUCGUUGGUGCAGCAGGCAAUACCUAGCACGUACCUUGCUAGCGAAGUAUUUGUGGUAGAUCCUCGGUGAAUCAAGAGCAUGGCUUCUGGCGCGUCUUCCUUGGAUAGUGCUGGAAGUAGUGAUGGAGCACUCAAUAUGGAAAGAGAUAGCGGAGGCUAUGGCAGUGUCGGAAGUCCUGUUGGUGGCCCUGAAUGUCGUAGUGAUUAUGAUGGUUUGCAAGCUCAAUGUGAUCAGGCCAUGCAUCAGCUUCAGCUACUUAGGCAUAAGCACUCCGAUACUAUAAGACGGUGUGAACAUACUAUGAAGGAAUUGGAAUACUAUCGAGGACAGCACAUACCAGUCAUGAAUCAGUUGGAAGCAACAUCACAGGAAAGCUCCGCACUGCGGGGCAAAUAUGGAGAUUUAGUAAAUGACAAGCAACGUCUUGACCGAGAGGUUCAGGCACUGCAAAAAGAAGUGUCUGAAUUACGGUGUCAGAAUCAAGAGGUUCUUGUUUCUGACACCACUAAUAGCGACACAAUGAAUCAACACUAUUUAUCUGCCCUUCGAAAAUAUGAAGCUGUCAAAGACGAAUACGAUGCUCUUAGAAAACGGUAUGAUGAUUUGAUAGCGUCACAUUCAUCAGCUGUUAAUAAGUUGGAACUAUCACAAGAAGAGGCUGCCAGAUUGAAGAAACAGUAUGACGAUGUUGUUCAAGAGCGCAAUAGCGCGAUUCGCGAGCGUAAUGGUCUGAAGCAACAAUGUACCGCUGCAAUCAGGCAAUGGGACAUUGCCUUAAGGGAAAGGAACGAGUACCGUGAAGCCCUAGCUAAAGUACAACAACAACACGAAGAAGCAGUGAAAGAAAUCAACCAUGCAAUGGUACUACGUAUGAAAGCUAGCAAAGAUAUGAAACGAUUAACAGAAGAAAGAAACGCUGCAUUACAAGAAUACAGUUUAAUCAUGGGCGAACGAGAUACAGUACACAAAGAGAUGGAAAAACUUGGGGAUGAUCUUACGCAGGCAUACGCAAAAGUCACGCACUUCGAAAACCAAAACAAACAAUUUAUAGAAGAGAAAAAAGCUUUAUCCUAUCAAAUUGAAACUUUACGGAGGGAAAUUUCUUCAGCGUUGCAAGACCGAGAUGAAGCUUUAAAGCAAUGCAAUCAAUUGCGCCAAAAGUUCGGCGAUUAUUCCGAAGGUUCUAACCGGGAUUACAAGAAUCGUAUGGAAUUGCACUCGUACAACCGUGAACGGGACAACUCGAAUAAAGAAGCCGAAAGGGAGAAUAACACCGCAGAUUAUACUAAAAGGGACAAGGAACGUAUGGAUAAUUUAGAUCAGGCAAAUUUGGAGUUAGAUAAACUCAGGAAGUCUGUAGACAAAUUGCAGGCGGAACUCGAGGAGGCCCUUCAAGAGGCGGAAGUGUCGAAACGAAGGAGGGAUUGGGCUUUCAGCGAACGAGAUAAAAUAGUGUUAGAGAGAGAAAGUAUUAGAACUUUAUGUGAUCGAUUAAGGAAGGAACGUGAUCGUGCUGUGUCGGAAUUAGCGGGUGCUCUGCGCGACUCCGAUGACAUUAAGAAGCAACGGAACGAAGCGUCGAAGGAACUGAAGGAUCUCAAGGAAAAGAUUGAAUCCGGUGAUCAUGCGUUAAGGGCGAGUCAGUUUGCGCAGGGUUUAGCGCAUUCGCACGAUUCAGCGAUUGACGCCGAUAUCAAUGACUGGGAAAUCCUUACAAUUCACUUCGACCUCAGUCGUCUUUGUUUGGAUACGGACCGUGAUUUGGGACUGACGCUGGUUGGAGGUCGCGACAGUCCGUAUUAUCCAAACGACACGGGGAUCUACGUUGCUCAAAUUACAGCGGGUAGCGCCGCUGAGGGGAAAUUGAGAGUGAACGAUUGCAUCAUGCGAGUAAACAACGUCGACUGCACGUCGGUUUCUACGCGUGUAAUAAUGGAAACUUUGCGUACCUGUUCAGUGGGAUCCGCUACGUUGACGGUAAGGAGGCGACGCGUUACUAGAAGAUCGUUAAGGACAACUCAAUUGCCGGUCGGAUCAGUUCCUCAUGGGAUCUCCUUGGAGCUUGGAGUGUACAUUUCGAAAAUCUCACCUGGCAGUUUAGCCGCCAAGGAUGGUAAUCUUGCUGUCGGAGAUAGAGUUUUAAAUAUUAAUAGCAAAACCAUGGAAGGUAUAAAUUCCAGUCACGAAGCGAUGACAAUCUUAAAUGAUACGAGUACGGACGUUUUAACUAUCACUACUCUGAAAGGGAUACCAUUACCUUCGGCGACCAGCUCAGAGACGAUGACCAUCGACGGUAGCUUCGGCACGGAGAAACAGAAAAUGGUGAACAGCUGUUCGCAAACAGAGCAAGAGAGGAUGAUGCUGAAAACAGCGUCGGAGGAUUACGACAGGCGAUACCUUGCAGCGAACUUUGGCGACAGAAGUGUUUACAAAGUUUCGAAGUCGGUCAGUAGUGAAAAGCCGAGUGGUAUUAGUAACGCUUGGGAUAACAUACGGGAGAAGAUCGACAUAGUACGGGGACGUAAACACAGCAAGGAUCGGGAAGAGAAGAAGAAACGACAUCGUAAUUCCAGUCCGAACACCUUCGAGCAGGAGCAAGACGCGAUAGCGGAAUUGGACUCUGUGAUAGAAAGUUAUCAUAAGAAAGCGAAUAACGGGGUGUUGAAACGAAGUAAGCGUCGCGGACCUGAAAAAGUUGAGAAGAAUGGAGGUACGUGGCCGAAAGCCAGAGGUGGGCCUCUAAUACAAAAUGGUACCGGUACUAUUUUACAUCCACGUAAGACAAAAGAAAGGCUGCCUUUAAGUGUUCUCCUUAAUCAACCGCCCAAGUAUGACUGUUAUAAUUAUAAUCGUAUUUCUAAUCCUAUUCCCUUAACCAGUUUCUCCAAUGUGAAUAAUCGGCAUACAGUUUAUAAAUCCGUAGAGAAACCUUUACCCAACUUCCUCAAAACUGGACAGUUAUUUAGUCAAAAAUCCUUUACUCCAGUGGUGCAGUUCAAAGAUAUACCGCUAGAUAAGAAACCGACCACCGAAUUCGAGAAUACGGAGAGUAGACUGAGCUCUACGCUGACACCGUCCGAAACUAGCAUUGACUUUUCCUUGAAGUCCGGAAAUACGGGAAAAGACGUAGAAUAUUUCUCAAAGAAGAGGGCGCAAAAAUAUAUUCCUAGCAACGACAACCAAGUAGAGACGUUGCAGCAUAAUAGAGCCCAAUCACAGCUAUAUUCCGGGGCCGGAUCAUCAACUUCGUCGACCAGCGGCACAAGGCAGCAGCUAACUGGUAAUUUUUCAUUUCCUCCCUAUACGCAUUCGCAUCCGCAUCCCCAUCAACAGAACUCUUUACCUUCGAGAUACCCUUCCCCGCCAUCUUUGCCGUCUGCACAGUCCGGGGAGUCGAUAGGACUUCCUGAUGCACGAUCUUACUGUUUCGAACCUUCGUAUAGCCCCGGCCCGCAAACAGGAUUCGGGCAUUUGCACACACCCUCCGUAGAUUUGCAUUAUCACAAAUCUCGCGCUCCACCGAUCGGCACCACAUACGACGUACCGGCAUACACGCAUGGCUACGAAGGUGGAACGUUCCCAAGAAAAAAGGAAAAUCAACGUUUUCGAAUACCGUCAAAUCCUAGUGUAACGUCAAAAAGCAGCGUGGGUAAAUUGUCCACCGGCAGUAUAGAAAGGACAUCGGAAAGAGGCAGCCCGAUGCCGACAUUCCACGUCGAAGUACUUAGUCCGGGUACCGGAGGUGGAAGUAGCUCCGGUGGAACAGUCAGAGGAAGUAGUAGCAAUAAACGGUCCAGCAUGCCGGACUAUUGUUACUCGCAGUCUAGGCCUGCACCCGGAGAACUUCGCAGAGUGCACAUAGAUAAAUCGGUCGAGCCGUUAGGGAUUCAGAUCUCUUGUUUGGAAAGCGGAGGUGUGUUCGUCUCCACUGUUAGUGAGCACAGUUUAGCGUCUCAAGUCGGUCUACAAAUCGGUGAUCAGUUGCUCGAGGUCUGCGGUAUUAAUAUGAGAAGUGCCACCUACCAACUUGCAGCCAAUGUGUUACGUCAGUGCGGUAAUUCCAUUACGAUGCUGGUGCAGUACAGUCCAGACAAAUACAACGAAUUAGAAGGAUCUGCUUCCUCAAGUUCGUCGGAAGCUGGUGGUGCUCAGGGCGGUAGUCGUAGUGGUUCGCCAACUCCUUGUAACAGCCCCGAAGCUACGAGGAAACCAACAAUCGAGCAGUUAGAGAGUUCGGAACCCGAACGCGACGCUUCCAGUAGCUUAAGCGCGCAACGUGAUACGCCCAACACUUUGACCAUCAUGCGUGAAACUUCAAAUACUUUAGAACCACCUCGCACCAUUCGGGAGAGAGACAUUAGGAAUUCUGCUUCGUUGGAGGUACGCGGCACGCAAGAGAGAGAACGGGAGAUCAGAGCAUCAGCGUCUUUAGAUAUCAAUAUUAGGAAACCGGAACUUCGUAGUUCAGCGACGUUAGAUAAUAUGCGCAACUCGGCAACCCUUGACACGUUACGCGGUACUGCCAACACACUUACACGCGCACAGUUGAACGCAGCGACUACGUUGCAACGACAAAAUGCCACCAUGAGAAGUCCAACGCAGGAGGAACAAAAUCGUAAAAGUCCACCGCCAAGUGAGCCUAGGUACUUGUUCAUCGAGACCAGGAAGUGCUCGAACUUGGGUAUCUCGCUCGUAGGUGGGAACGGCGUUGGAAUAUUUGUACAUUCGGUACAGCCAGGUUGCCUUGCAGAAGAGGCAGGCCUACGUACCGGUGAUCGGAUUCUAGAAUAUAACGGUGUAGAUCUCAGGCAAGCGACCGCAGAACAAGCGGCUCUGGAAUUGGCUAGGCCAGCGGACAAAGUGACGUUGAUUGCUCAAUACGUACCUGAAAGGUAUAAUGAAGUAAAAGAUAAGCCAGGAGACAGUUUCUAUGUGAAAGCAAUGUUCGAUCGAGUGGGCGAAGUAGGGGAUAGCCUACAACUUAGAUUUAAUAAAGAUGAUAUUUUAUACGUCGACAAUACUAUGUUCAACGGCACUCCAGGUCAUUGGAGAGCUUGGUUAGUCGAUCAAACUGGAAGAAGACAGACCUGCGGUAUAAUUCCAAGCAAAUUCAAAGUUGAAGAAGAUUUGCUUUUGAGACGUUCAUUGGGCGAUCUGGAAACGGAUACUACCAGACGAGGUAGUACCAGUGCAAGAAGAAGUUUCUUCCGUCGAAAGAAACAUCAACGCUCCUCCAGCAGGGACAGUAAAGAGCUAUCACAUCUGACGGGUGUAAAUUUGGGUUGGUAUAGCGACAGUGGUACGUUAAACGAAGAAACUCUUCCGGCGAGUUACCAGCGCGUCGAACGAUUGGAUUAUCCAGCUUUAAGACCGGUAUUGAUUAUUGGACCGCUAAGCGAAUGUGUAGUAACGAAACUCUUGCAAGAAUUUCCUGGACAAUUCACUAGGUGUCUCGCAGAAGCGAUGCAUUGUUCUCAAUCAACGCUCGAGCAAGGUUUGCGUGACGCACUUUACGUGGACUACAGAAAAAAAGGAAGCUAUUUCGAGUGUACUACAGUACAAGCUGUCAAGGACAUCUGUGAGAAGAAUACUCAUUGUAUUUUGGAUGUAACGAUUGCAUCGAUCGAGCGGCUUCACCGACAUCAAAUUUAUCCAAUAGUAUUAUUGAUCAAAUUCAAGAAUACGAAGCAAAUUAAAGAAGUGAAGGAUUCCAGGUAUCCAAGUGAUAAAGUUAGUGCUAAAGCUGCGAAAGAAAUGUACGAACAAGCACUGAAACUUGAAGCUGAAUAUAGGCAUUAUAUUUCUGCUGUAAUUCCUGCCGGAGUUAAUGUUGCGUAUAUAUGUACGCAAGUCAAAUCAGCUGUAGAUGAAGAACAAAGCAAAGCGCUGUGGGUUCCUAGAGUACUUCCCUGACGUUUAAGGGGGGGUCUCCAUAAACCGCAGUGGAAAUCAAUCUAAAUUCCACCAGGGGGCCCUUAUGCUGUACGAUUACACAAAAUUUUCACAAUUUAUUUAUUUAUGGUCUCUUAUUUACUUUGAUAAUAUUCAAAGGUUUCAAUACUAUUUAAGAAUUUGUUGCAACAAUUGUUUCGGUUAUUUCGGUUGUUUCACUCAUUUCGGUUGUGAUGCGAUCCUUUAAAGAUCGCAAUAUCGUUCUGUUUGUUUAAUAUAUUUUAGCGCAUUGAAAUUUUUUUAACGUAAGUUACAUAUUUUACUAAACUAAAUAUUUUACUAAGAGUUAUUUUAAAAUAUAUUUUGAAUUAUAAUAAUUAUUUUCUACAAAAUUUUGCAGAGUUAUAGAAGAGCUCAUAUCAAACAAGCUCUUAAUAUAAUAUUUAAAAAUAUCGUACUUCGUAAUGUUAAUUAACAAAAAUUACAAGAUAAUCAAUUUUAUAUCAACUUCACGUCACAUUUUGCAUUUACUUUCCAUAUGAAAAUAAGAAGAAAUCUCAACGCAUUAAUUUUUAGCAUUUAUUCCAUUGUUCAUGCAAUAGCGCGAAUCUUUUAUCGAUAAAAAAAACUUCUUGCAAACAUUUUUUAGCCGUGCUUUGAAGAGAAUGAAACAACUCGCUAUUUUCUCAUUUUGCUUCGAACCUCGAUCAAUCGUAAUUGUUUAACAGAGAAACUAAACAAAUACAACGUCCACUGCGAAAAAUGUGAUGUACAAUAAUUGGCUCGAGACCAUAAAUGAAUCUGUGUAAUGAACACAAAGAGAAACUAUCCGUCGUACCGUGGCCCGCUAAACAGUUGGUGGAUGAAUAUAAAGAUUAUUAGUUAGCAAAUAUGGUUUAGUCAAACGCGUUUUUAGCUAGUAUUAUUAACCUCUCAAAUCAUUUCGGUUGUACAAAAUGAUUUCGCGUGAUUAAUAUUAUUGUACAGAGGAUGUAAUAUUAUAUAUGAAAAAGAAAUUACUUAUUUGUAUAUAAUUUACUUACAGUUACGUAUGGACUAUAUGCACAUUAAUUUUUAGUUCAUUCGGAUCGCUUAGUUUUGUAAGUUGUACUCUUUAGUCAUAAUCUUUUCCUUUUUUUUCUUUUUUUUUCAUAAAGCUGUUAAUGUAUAAUCAAUUUGUCAUCGAUGCAAAGCAAUCGGUUUGAGGGGUUAAAAUUUUAUCAAAUGUUCCGACUCGAUGGAACCGAUAAACGCGAUAAAGAUGAAAUUACGGAAUUGAUAAACGGCGGUUCAUUUUUUUACCGUCGAAUUUGUAAAUAUCUAAAAAUAAAAGAUAAGCGGUAGAUUUCAGCGAUAUAAACUAAUUUGAUAUUACAUUGCGCGUAACA